AUCGAAAGGAGGAAAAAAACAGCACGAGUCGCACUCAUAGGCCAUAACUCAGUGUCCGAGUCCAACUCGACAAAUUGACGCUCUCUCACUACUCUUCUUCACACAGCGCUGCAAUCUUGCGAUCCACCGUCGUCUCCUUCAGCCACCACACUCCUUGUUCUUCCAUUCCUUCAACUCCUUCCUCAUUCGCCUUCAAUUUCGGUCGAAAAAGGGUUUUUUUGGGUGUAACUUUCUUGGAUCUGGCUCUGCAUUCCCAUUCAAACUGGCUAUGGAUUACGAACCCUACGAUAGUAGCGGAACUGAUGAUGAUCUUCCACCAACACAUCAAAAUAGAAUUCCCAGAGGGGCCCGUCUUGCUGGGAAUGGGAGAUCUGCUGUAGGUUCUAUUUCAUACCCCAGGAUGUACGGUGAAAUUGAUAUGGAAACUCAAAUUCACCAACUCGAACAGGAAGCAUACAGUUCAGUUCUACGGGCCUUUAAAGCUCAAGAUGAUGCAAUUACUUGGGACAAGGAAAGUUUGAUUACAGAACUAAGGAAAGAAUUAAGAUUAUCGAAUGAGGAACACAGGGAACUUCUGGGACGUGUUAACGCUGAUGAUGUCAUACGUAGGAUAAGGGAGUGGAGACAGACAGGUGGCCAUCAGCCUGGUGUGUUGAGUACUGGACAAGCUAUUCAUGAUUCAAUUCCGAGUCCCACAGUCUCUGCAUCCCGUAAGAAGCAGAAGAUAGCGCAAUCUGUACCGUCACAAUCUUUUGGUGGGCCUUCUCCAUUUCACCCACAACCCGUGGCUGCACCUCACCAGCCAUCUUCUUCUGUUGCAAAACGUGGAACUGUUCCUGGAUCUAAGGGCAAGAAGCAGAAACCUGGCCAGGUAUUACCAGGAGUAUCUUCAAUAAAACAACAUCCUUCAUCAGGACCCGGUCUUAGGAAUCAAGUACCUAAUAGAGUGACUUCUGGUACUGUCAUGGGUGCUGAGGGAGCAUCAGUUGAUUCACUGAUUGGUCGGAAAGUACGAACAAAAUGGCCUGAUGACAAUAACUUCUAUGAAGCAGUUAUUGCGGACUACAAUCCAAUUGAUGGUCGACACAAUCUGGUCUAUGACAUGGGGACUGCAAAUGAAACAUGGGAAUGGGUUAAUCUGUCAGAGAUCUCUCCCGAAGAUAUUCAGUGGGUAGGUGUGGAUCCUGGAAUCAAUCAGCGUGGGGGUUUUGGUGCAUCUGGUCCUGGGAUGAAUAGAUCUAUAGGACGUGACAGUGUUCCAGGAGCUGGAAGAGGUAGAGGAGCCACAAAGGGGCAACCCAGAAAAGAUUUAUUGCCAUCACAGAAUGGAAUAGGAAAGAAGGCUCCCGAUGAUAUACAAAUACUUCACACAGAGACACUAAUCAAGGAGGUGGAAAAGGUAUUCAGUGCAAAUCAUCCUGAUGCUCUUGAAAUUGAGAAAGCCAAGAAAGUGUUGAAGGAUCAUGAGCAAGCUCUUAUGGAUGCAAUUGCAAAACUUGCAGAUCUUUCUGAUGGUGAAAGUGAUGAGGCUGGUCACCAUUUCUCACAUGCUCAAUCAAUGGAUCGAGAUUGAUGGAAGACCAAAUUUGUACAAUGGCCAAAGGUGGCGCUGCGGUAGCAACCUCAGAGAGAAGAGUGAACUUCUCUUGUAUUAUGCCAUAAAAUAUAAUUUCCUUGGCAGAUGAUAGCUCUAGGAUUGGGUCUUGUGCAUUAGUCAUUUAAGUAGGAUGGCAAUUAUGUAGACAGGUAAUAAUUAUUUAUUGAGGUUAAAAACUGACUUAGGAUCAGCUGAUGCUUGUAUAAAACGUAUGAUAGUGUGUAAAAUCAUGUAUUUGUGUCAAAUUAUGGGUACACCACUCUUCCAUUGAAAAAAUAAUAACCAUAGGAACUCAAUGACUGAGCUCAGUAAAUUUAAUGUGGAUCUUGCUAUAAAAUCUUGGUUAUGUAUUA